CACUUUUCCUCUCUUUCUCUCUCUUUCUUUCUCUUGGAAGCCCUUGACUCUUUGAUAUUAAUUACCUUUCGCUGUCUUCUGUGAUAAAAAAUCUAGGGUAGGUGAGGAGUCUAUGGCUAUAAGAAGAGAUGUUUUGUUUGCCUAGUCCUUUCAUUCUUCUUCACUAAACCAAAAAGAGAGCCAGAAAGCAGAAAGAACAAAGUAGCAACGCAAAAUAUAUCACUUUUUUGUCUCUGACUUGACUUGAGACUUGAGAGUGUGCUACAAUUAUCACUCAUCAUCAAUCAUUCAUAUACAGUCAUAUAUAUACUUAUAUAACUAGUUUUUCAUAUGGCUUCAUCAAAUAGACACUGGCCUAGUAUGUUCAAAUCCAAACCCACCUGCAACACUCAUCAUCACCACCAAUGGCAAUCUCACGACUCCAACAAUCUCCUUUCUUCUCCCUGUCACAGAUCUCCUUACACCUCCGGAUGCGAGGAGAGAAGCCCGGAACCGAAGCCAAGAUGGAACCCAAAACCUGAACAAAUCCGAAUCCUUGAAUCGAUUUUCAACUCCGGAAUGGUGAAUCCUCCGAGAGACGAAAUCAGAAAAAUCCGAGCGCAGCUUCAAGAAUAUGGACAAGUUGGUGAUGCUAACGUGUUUUACUGGUUCCAAAACAGAAAAUCUAGAAGCAAACACAAGAGUCGACAUCUCCAAAAAACCCAAAACCACCAAUCUCUUCCGGUUUCUGCUGCCACCACAAAGGUGGCAACCACCUCUUCAUCGUCUUCAUCGGAAAAGUCAUCCUCUAAGUCAAUCGAGUUUCUCCUCAACUCCCCUACAGCUUCAGUAAACCAACCACCACAUGCCUACUUUGGCGGUGGAGGGACGGGAUACCACCACCAACACCAUAGCGAAUUCUCGCAAGAACCCUUCUUUUUCACCACAGUUCAACAACCACCACCGCCACAACCACCUAUCGCCACCACCGCUAGUUUCACACAAGGGUUUUCUUUCUCGGAGUUGGGAAAUGCGAUUAAUCAAGAUCAUCACCAUGGAAAUCUUGAUCAGAAUGUUGGGAGUAGCUCUGGGAUGUUGCUAACUGAUUUAAUGAUGAUGACUCGCCAAAAUGGUAUCUCAAAGAAUAAUACUAACAAAGGUGUUGAAGAAGAGAAAAUGGUGAAAAUGUCAACGUAUAAUUUUACUCAUCCUUCAGCUCCUGCUUCCAUUGUCACUCCAAAUCAUCCUCCUCCUCCUACUACUACUAAUGUUCCAUCAACAGUAAAUGAUAUCCGAGGUUUAGAGGAACCAGGUAAUGGGAAAUCAACGGUGUUCAUCAAUGACGUGGCAUUUGAGGUAGCAUCUGGGCCGUUUAAUGUGAGGGAGGCGUUUGGUGAUGAUGCGGUGUUGAUACACUCUUAUGGACAGCCAGUGGUGACAAACGAGUGGGGGGUAACUCUUCAGUCUCUUCAACAUGGUUCAUUUUAUUACUUGGUGCGCUCAUUCUCAUAUGAUCAAUCAAGCACCAUAGACUUGAUUUAA